GGCAGCAUAAAAUGAUUUUUCAGAAGAAGAAAAAAACAAAUGGCCAAUUGCAAAGGAAUCGUUGCUGCUCUAAUGAUGUGUUUUGCAUUGAUAGAGAAUACACAAGCAGAUGUGUGUGGAAAUGCAAUGUAUAGUCCAGCUUACAAAACCUGCUGCAACGGUGUGUUAGCUGAUAAAAAAGGGCUUUCGUGUUGUGGAACAGUAGCAUACGAUUCAGCUACCAAAACCUGCUGCAAUGGUGUAUUAAAUCAUGAAAGGUAUAAAUGGUGCUGUGGUACAAUUGCGUAUAGUCCUCAUUACAAAACCUGCUGUAGUGGUGUAUUACAUCAUGAACCGGGGCUUUCAUGCUGUGGAACCGUUUUGUAUAAUCCAGCUUUUGAAACAUGCUGUGAAGGUGUAUUACAUGAAAUAAGAAAGGGUUCCUGCUGUGGAACAGUAAUAUACGAUCGAUAUAGCAAUACAUGUUGCAGAGGUGUACUGAAUCACAAAAAAGGGCCUUUGUGUUGUGGAACAGUUGCUUAUGAUUGGGAGUAUCACACCUGCUGCAAAGGUGUAUUGAUUCAAAAAAGGGAGCAGUCUUGCUGUGGAACAGUUGCUUAUAAUCCAUUUUACAACUCAUGCUGCAACGAAGUGUUAAACAAAAAGGAGCGUUCAUGCUGUGGAACAAAAUCGUAUGAUCGAGCCUACAGCACCUGCUGUAAUGGUGUUUUGAAUCGCACAAAGGAGCGUUCAUGCUGUGGAACCAUUGCAUAUAAUUCAGCUUACAAACAAUGUUGCAAUGGCGUUUUGUGCUAGGUUAACAUUUUCGUCUUGAUGUCGUUACUUUCUCUUUUCAG